GUCAAACCCCUCAGCGGCCAAAUGCGCACUGGGAGGAUUUCCAAAUCCUAAAGAUUGCUCUAAAUGUGUUUGCCCAGGAGGAUAUGGAGGAAGACUAUGCAACGAACGGCCAAGCGGAUGCGGAAAUGUUUUGCAAGCUACUACAAGCUACCUAAAAUUCGAAGACAACAUCGGUCAAUCAUGGAUAAAAAAAUCAAGCGAAAACGACUAUUUUCUCAUGUGCAAUUAUUGGAUAGAGGUGAUCAGUUCCUACCAUGAAUAUGGAAUAGCUCCGCUGGGAAGAACUGUUGAGAUAAAAUUUCAUAAUUUCACGGAUCGUGUCGCUACGGAUGGGUGUUAUUUUGCUGGUGUUGAAAUCAAAACACAGAAGGACCAACGAAGCACUGGAUAUAGGCAAGCUACCAACAAAUCUCUGCUAUCAGUGUGCUCCGGUAAUUACACGGGAGAGUUGUUCAAAUCUGAACGCAAUAUUGUGCCUAUCAUUACCUACAGCAGAAUUUGGGUAGUCAAAACGGAGUUAUGGUACCGAAUGGGUAGGUUCACUCAGCAACGUGCUUAUCUGAGGAAGCGUGUUGACAAUCAGGCCAUUCAGCAUUUGAUAAGUCCAAUAAUUUAUGUAUUACAUUACGAUAAAGAGUUUAUGUCUAAUGAAAGUGAAAUGAAAUGAGA